CCUGGUUUAGGAAUAGUCGAACCAACAACAUAGAGUGCUUUCAGUCUCAGGAGUUGAAACGAGACGAGCGAAGGGAAAUAGGCAAUAUGCAUUCCAUUCGCAGAUUUCACGCGCUAGGGCACCAAAACCCUAACCUUUGGACUAGCAUCAGAAGAUUAUCGUCUGCAGGUUCUUCAUUGGAGCAGAAGGUCGAAAGUCUUCUUGAUUCCCUUUCUCUCAAAUCUGGUGGGACAUUGGUGCAGAACUGUGGGGAUAGUGAAGUCGGGAGGAUCGUGAUUCAACUGGCAAAUGAGCGUAAGCUUCGGACUAUAAGCAUAAUCGAAGACAAGCCUGGAAAUCCCGAAACCAUUGAAGAGCUUAAGGCCCUUGGUGGGGAUAUAAUUGUACCAGAAAGCUACACCAAAACCUGGUACAUGAAGCGCUUAGUGAGUGAGCUAAGUCCAGCAGCAGGCUUAAAUUUCAUUGAUGGAUACCAAGCGACUGCUGUCUGCAAGGCGGUGGCUGAUGGGGGCACGUUCCUUACAUAUGGAAAGAAGCUACCAAAGUAUGUUGAAUACGAAGGAGCGGUUCGUAAACCAGUUGAGUGGAGUGUAUUCCUGAAGGAAAAGAAGCUCAAGGUGUUAAACCUGUAGGAUAUAUAAACAAGUCCAGACCUCUUGUAAUUCCUAAUAGGUUGUGGAUUUGCCCGCCUAAAAAAUGUCUCUCACUCUCUCUCUCUUCUUGGUGAAAAUUAAGGGGGAGUUCUUUUUUAUCUUGUUAUUUUGCCUUGAACUGCUACUCUUGUUUUGCGGAGUUUAAAGAGUUUCAUAAAAGAUGCGGGCAUUUGCUUUGUUGAAUUUAUUUCUUGUAUACACUUGUAUGAAAUUUAGGCGAAUUCUAUGGGUGACCCAUCAUAUUCUGAUUAU